ACAUCAAUUGUUCUCAGUCGUCGGUUUCGCGCUGUUGUGUCUUGUAUGAAAUCGGCAAUCAGCUGUUCUCGUUUUCUGGAGUGUACACCAAACUGUUCACAGUUCAAGAAUAUCACCGAAUUCCUGUUGUCACGGAUGAGCGUCCUGUAGCACCCGUGUCAUGAUAUCAGGUGGUUGGUGCAGGUAGCUUGACUCUACUCGAAGCGCACAAAUGGAUCCACCAUUACUCGAGACAACGGCGGAUGAAGCUGGAGGAUCGUCCGAUUCUAGCUUCAACAUGGAGACGUCCCCCGAGACGGCGACGAUUCGGAAAGCGAUGCGUGACGCCAUCGACAAAGGCGACUUCGGACGAGAAGGUAAAUACGAGGUUGUCCCUGUACGAGGACCACAGACUUCUCGCCCUGAAGGUCGUCUUCAGCCAGGAGCUGCUGACCAUGUUGCUAAGCAAAAAGGAGCUGCGGGAAAUUGAAACUGGUGGACGGCUAAUGAAACUUGUAGUCGAUGGUCACCUCAAACACGGAUUGGUAGACGGACACAACAAAGGUAUUCCUGUGUUUGUCAACAAAACAUUUGCCGAGUUUUUCGCAGCUCAUUUUCUCGCUAAUGAGGUUAGAGAGGAAGAUAACGCGGAGGGCGACGUUACAAAGUUUGUCGCCAGCAUGUACGGUAACAGCGAUUAUGAUGGGGUCCUCAAUUUCUUCGAUGCAUUGGGAGCAAAAUGUCACGCACUUCACUGCCAUGUCAUGAACAAUGACUGGCGGAGUGUUGGGGAUGUUGCAGAGGUGCCCUUCAGCCGUGAUGCUUUUUCAAGAUUGCCUAUGCAUAUAGCAGCGUUGUAUGCAGAUGAAGAGACAUUGGACAAGGUCAUUGAGAUGCACGGUGAGAAAAUGGCUGAGGAAUUGCUAGAAGAAGACGGACUUGGAAUGACGCCUUUGACGUACGCCGACAGACUACGCCAUUGGAAAAGACUGAAUGAACUUUGCAGACAUCGCAGUGAGAAGAGCGUCAACUGGGCGAAGCAACUGCCUGUUGCCACAAGGAACAUAACAGAAAAAAGAGACUUCGGAUCUUCAGUGAUAGGCAAGGCUGUGCUGAUGGAGUUGAAAGAACUCUUGAAUUGCAUUUUGAAAGCGUUCGCCGUCCUGAAGAACGCCGAACGGCCCCUUGUUACGGAUCCUCAAGAGACCGGCCAUAAUCAGAGAACUACUAAGCACCCAGAGAUUGAUAUCGAUACGAUCCAGUGCAAUGUCGGACACACUCCUAUCUUCCACGUGAAGUCUUACGAAGUCUUCAAAGUACUCUUACCUUAUUCGGACAUUAGAGUUGUGGCGAAAGACGGCUCGACACUCUUACAUGCGUACGCGGCGGUGGGAGCACACGAUGCUUGCAAGUACGUUCUGAGUCACCUUCCAAGUGAUGCGUCCGAUGCAGAUGGUCGGAGGCCGCUGCACUUGAGUACGAUUUGCAGUAAUUCGGACAUUGUGCAUAUGUUGAUACCCCAUUCGACAUCAAGAUAUGCGAGUGACAAACAAGGAGACACAGCACUGCACCUGGCAGCAUAUAAUGGAUAUGUUUUUGAAAGUAAUGAACUCUGUGUAUGGCUUCCUUUCUGUGCACUCUACAGUACGACCUCGGUAGUGCAAACAGAAGUAAUCAAAAAGAUCCUUCCUCAUGUGGACAUCACCUCUUCCAACUGCGAUGGCGACACUGUCUUGCACAAAAGUUCCUACUGCAAUUCAACGAGUGCCGUGACGCUCCUCCUUCCCUAUUCAGACGUAGAUAUGAAAAGAAAAGCUGGUGAUAAUUCACUCUUAGGGAGUGUUUCUAGAGGACGCAUACUGGGGAGACGCGUCACGACAGCGGUCAGCACAGUCCUCGAUGUGUGUGAAGGUUAUAUUUCGGAAUUGCUUGAUGGCAUUACCAGAGAGUAUGAAUCGCGGCAAGAAACGAAUCCAGAAAGGAAGGCAUCCGAAAAGGAAGAUAUCAAGGUCAUGAAACUUAUUUUGCUCCAUUCAGUCGUUAAUGCUGUCGAUGAAGAUGGUGGCACUUCACUUCACCUUAGUGUUCGCGCAGGAGAACUGGAUGUAGUAAAGCUACUGUAUCAUCAUUUAUCAGCCAAUGAUACCGACACAGAAGGACUGACCUCGUGCCAUUGGGCUGCCAUAAGCGGUCACUUGCACGUAGUAAACUUCUUCUUUUACAGAAUGUGUUUCAAUGCACGAGAUCACAAAGGAGCUACUCCACUCGUCUAUGGCGCUCUCUAUGGCCAUAUCGACAUCGUGAAGGUUCUCCUUCCUAUGACAUCAGCGGACAUCCUUGACACGUAUGGAUAUAUUCCUUUGCAUUAUUCUGCCAAUGAAGGUUACACUGAAAUUGCUCAGUUUCUUCUUCCUCAUUCGUUUGCUUCAAAGGAUGCUAAAGAUGGUUUCACCCCGCUGCAUCUUACGGCAAGAAAGGACCACGUAGAAACAUCGCGUGUGAUUCUCCCACACUCAGAUACUGCUGUCUGCAAUGACAACGGUGAUACGGCCAUACAUGUGUGCACGUACAAGCAUUACUGCGAAGUGGUGCAACUGUUACUUCCUUACUCUGAGCUGAAUGCCGCGAAUAAAUCGGGGAAGACAGCACUUCUACAAGCAUGUUGUGGUACCCACCGAUCGAAACAAGAAAACGCUGCGGAGAGCACCAGAAGCAGCAGCACGCUCGGAACACAGAACGUCAAAAUGAUCAAACUCCUGCUGCUCCAUUCUGUCGUUAAUGCUGCCGAUAAAGAUGACUGCACUGCACUUCAUCUGAGUGCUCGUACAGGAAACUUGGAUGUAGUAAAGCUAUUGUUUCCUCAUUUGUCAGCGAAUGAUACUGACAAACGUGGACAGAACUCGUUCCACCGCUCAGUUAUAGGGGGCCACUUGGACGUAGUCAACUUCUUCCUUUCUAGAAUGUGUUUCAAUGCACGAGAUCACAAAGGCGCUACUCCACUCGUCUACAGCGCUCUCUAUGGCUAUAUCGGCAUCGUGAAACGUCUCCUUCCUCUCAUAUCGGCCGACGUCUCUGACACGUAUGGAUUAAUUCCGUUGCAUUAUUCUCCCUCGGAAGGUCACACUGAUACUGUUGAAUACCUUCUUCCCCAUUCAUUUACUUCUAAGGGUAACAAACAUGGUUCCACAGCGCUGCAUCUUAGCGCGCAGUACGGUAGAGUCGAAGCAACCGGAGCGAUUCUCCCUCAUUCAGAUACUGUCAUUAGCGAUGGUGAUGGUGACACGGCUCUGCUGUGUAGCGCACAUGGAAAUUGUUGUGAUGUCGUUAAACUGCUGCUGGUUUCUUAUUCGGAAGUGAAUGCCACGAAUAAAUGUGGAAUGACAGCGCUGGCGUACAUUUUCCAUGAAGACAUCCAACAGUUUGAGAAGAAAUCUGAAAACAGUGAGGAGAACAAAGAGAGCGAAGUGCCAGAAAAGAAAGACAUCAAAAUGAUCAAACUGCUGAUUCUCCACGCGAAUUCCAACGUUGUUGACAAUGACGGACGAACUGUAUCUCGACUGGCUGCCUCUCGGAGAUGGUUCAAUAUAAACAAAUUAUUUCUUCCUCACUUGGAUGUUACCUCUGUUGGAAUUCAAGUAGCACACGAGGAUGCUGUGGAGCUGCAGGGAUAAUAAAAAAAAUAAUACGCGGUUUUAUUCGUGCUGUGAUAAAUAACAGAGAGUCAGCACCAGAACAGAAGUGGGUCGGUUAUUCAGCGACUGAAUGCAAGUGGCCUGGCACGGUUACGAAAUUGAGAUGCGUUUCUGUUGGCGUGUAACAAAGUGUGGCGGUACGUUUAUAGAUGUAAGUAACUGUGAGUGAAUGUUACUUGUCUGAUAGCAAGCGAUGCCUUUCCCCUUGGAAGCUGUGAGUUUUCAGUGUAACGAUUGAUAAUCAGUGUACAUAUAACAUAUUUGAACUCUUUGUUCGCCUAAGCUUCAGAGGUUUUUGGAUCUUCAUGUUAGAUGUAUAUCGCAGUGUGGGAUUUUGGCGUGUAUCGUCGUGUAUGUGCAGCUUCAUUAAAGUGUUUGAA